GCUGUGGAGGCGCUCGGCUGGCUGGCUGGCUGAGGGGGUUUGGGUAGCCGCUGCCGUCACACCCCCUCCCACCCUUUCCUCUGGAGAGGGCUCAUGAUGGCGGCCGCGGCCGCCCCGGCCGUGGUGGUGGAGGUGAGCAUAAGCAGCACGGGCAGUAGCAGCAGCGACACUUCCAGCACGGGCGAGGAGGAGAGGAUGAGGCGCCUCUUCCAGACCUGCGACGGGGACGGCGACGGCUAUAUCAGUCGGAAUGAUUUGCUAAUGGUAUGUCGCCAACUAAACAUGGAGGAGUCUGUGGCUGAGAUAAUGCAUCAACUUGGUGCUGAUGAAAAUGGGAAGAUCUCCUUCCAGGAAUUUACACGAUGUCGUAUGCAGCUCGUGCGAGAGAUCAGGAAGGAAGAAGUGGAACUCUCAGUGAAAUCAGAUGAUUCGUGUAAGAAGAAAACAAUAAGGGAAAGAAUAGCCUCCUGGCCAACAAGCAGUGAUAACAGUUUGGGUACCCUUUCAGGAGCUAAGGAGAGUUGGGAAUAUGAUUCUGGAGCUAGAGACCUUCAGAGUCCUGACUUGCACACUCGUUCAACUCUACAGAAGCUCUUUGAAUUUGGAGGCAACACCAUAAAUCAACAAGCUGCACUGCAGAGGUUACUUACCCAGACCUCCAAUCUUAGCAAUUCAGUUGGAGGAAGUUACUUAGAACUUGCUAACACUCUCCAUUUAGCAGCACUGGCAUCUCUCAAGGGAGACAUCGUUGAACUUAAUAAACGCCUACAGCAAACAGAACGAGAGAGGGAUUUGUUGGAAAAGAAAUUGGCAAAGGCACAGUGUGAACAGUCUCACCUUAUGAGAGAGCAUGAAGAUAUGCAAGAGCGGACGACACUUCGCUAUGAAGAACGAAUCACAGAACUCCAUAGCAUCAUUGCAGAGCUAAACAAGAAAAUCGACCGACUACAGGGAACUACUAUAAGGGAAGAAGAUGAAUAUUCAGAACUUCGGUCAGAACUUAGUCAUAGUCAGCAUGAAGCCAAUGAAGAUUCACACAGUAUGGACCAAGAUCAAACUUCUGUUUCUGUCCCAGAAAACCAAUCAACUAUGGUCACAGCUGACAUGGAUACCUGUAGUGACUUGAACUCUGAACUGCAGAGAGUGCUGACAGGACUGGAAAAUGUUGUCUGUGGAAGAAAGAAGAGCAGCUGUAGUUUGUCUGUGGCAGAUGUGGACAGACACAUUGAACAACUCACCACUGCCAGUGAACACUGUGACUUAGCCAUUAAGACAGUUGAAGAGAUUGAAGGUGUGUUAGGGCGGGACCUGUAUCCAAAUCUAGCUGAAGAGAGGUCUCGAUGGGAGAAGGAAUUGGCAGGCUUAAGGGAAGAAAAUGAGAGCCUGACAGCCAUGUUGUGCAGCAAGGAAGAAGAGCUAAACAGAACCAAGGCCACCAUGAACGCAAUCCGAGAAGAACGAGACAGAUUACGCAGAAGGGUUCGAGAACUACAGACUCGGUUACAGAGUGUCCAGGCAACUGGCCCAUCCAGUCCUGGCCGUCUCACUCCUGCAAACCGUCCCAUUAACCCUAGCACUGGAGAACUGAGUACAAGCAGCAGCAGUAAUGACAUCCCCAUUGCCAAGGUUGCUGAGCGGGUAAAGCUCUCAAAGACAAGGUCAGAAUCUUCAACAUCUGACCGCCCGGUCCUGGGAUCGGAAAUUAGCAGCAUAGGGGUGUCCAGUAGUGUAGCAGAACACCUUGCACACUCUCUUCAAGACUGUUCCAACAUCCAGGAAAUUUUCCAGACACUUUACUCACAUGGGUCUGCUAUUUCUGAAAACAAAAUCCGAGAAUUUGAAGUGGAAACUGAGCGGUUAAACAGCCGCAUUGAGCAUUUAAAAUCUCAAAAUGACUUAUUGACAAUAACUCUGGAAGAGUGCAAGAGCAAUGCAGAACGGAUGAGCAUGCUGGUUGGAAAAUAUGAAUCCAAUGCCACAGCCCUCAGGCUUGCGUUACAAUACAGUGAACAGUGCAUUGAAGCCUAUGAGCUGCUCUUAGCACUGGCAGAAAGCGAACAGUCUCUAAUUCUUGGGCAAUUCAGAGCUGCAGGAGUUGGGUCCGUAGGGGACCAGCCAGGUGAUGAAAACAUUACCCAGAUGCUCAAAAGAGCUCAUGACUGCAGGAAGACUGCUGAGAAUGCAGCCAAAGCCCUGUUGAUGAAGUUGGAUGGAAGCUGCGGAGGAGCCUAUGCCGUCACUGGCUGUAGCGUUCAGCCUUGGGAAAGCCUCUCAUCCAACAGCCACACCAGCACGACUAGUUCAACAGCAAGCAGUUGCGACACAGAGUUCACAAAGGAAGAUGAACAGAGGUUAAAGGAUUACAUUCAGCAACUGAAGAAUGAUCGGGCAGCUGUUAAACUGACCAUGCUGGAGUUAGAGAGCAUCCAUAUUGAUCCCCUCAGCUAUGAUGUCAAGCCUCGCGGAGACAGCCAGAGGCUGGAUCUAGAAAAUGCUGUGCUCAUGCAGGAACUCAUGGCAAUGAAGGAGGAAAUGGCGGAACUAAAGGCACAGCUCUACCUGCUGGAGAAAGAGAAGAAAGCCCUAGAACUGAAGUUAAGUAGUCGGGAAGCUCAAGAACAGGCCUAUCUGGUCCACAUUGAGCACCUGAAGUCUGAGGUGGAAGAACAAAAGGAACAGAGGAUGAGAUCUCUCAGUUCAGCCAGUAGCAGCAGCAAAGAUAAGUCGAAUAAGGAGUGCGCAGAUGGCACCUCACCAUCAUUAACACUAUCUGAGCUGAAACCUCACAGUGAAAGUGAACUGACUACAGAACUAGCAAAUGCUCUCAGACGAGAAAAGAAGCUGAAAGCCAGAGUGCAGGAGCUGGUGAGUGCCUUAGAAAGACUGACAAAGAGCAGCGAAAUCCGGCACCAGCAGUCUGCAGAGUUUGUUAACGACUUGAAAAGAGCAAACAGUAACCUUGUGGCUGCCUAUGAGAAAGCAAAGAAAAAGCAUCAAAACAAGCUGAAGAAACUGGAAUCCCAAAUGAUGGCUAUGGUUGAAAGGCAUGAGACUCAAGUAAGAAUGCUCAAACAAAGAAUUGCUUUGCUGGAAGAGGAGAACUCAAGACCUCAUACCAACGAAACAUCACUUUAAGAGGGAAAAAUUUAUAACAAGAGAACCAUUGCAAAUGUUACUUCUUGCAACGUUUGUUUGAGCUAUUGAACAGAGAAGGGGAUCUGAGACAGCCUGGGGGAAAUCAGAGGUCAGUGGCUCGAAGUGCUGUUUUAGUUUUAUGGCCAUGAAUAGGAGGAACCAAAAGAAGAAAGUUAUUUUUGGAUGGCUGUAUGUAAUCAGACAGUGCCUGGCGGUAUAUGUUUCUGUACAUCAAAGUUCUUCAGUUGUUUUGUUCACAUUGUUACAAACUUUCCUUCCCCAGUAUUGGUUUGGGUAAGAACAAACGUCUGUCAUUGUUUAUCAAACAUUUUCUUGUGAGUCUAUUGUAAUAUUGAGGUAAUGUUCAAACA